AUGCUCAAGCGGAGGGAGAAGAACUCAGAUCAUGAUUCCCUCUACGAUCGUAGCGGGAGCGAGUAUUAUGGAGGGCGGCGAAGAAGAAGCACUGGAGACUCCAAAGAAGAGAUAGUUCAGACCGAGACUGAGCAAGGUGGACUACCAAGUGUUCAGCUGGAUCCGGAUGCGGAGAAGUCUGAAAAAGCAUACAUUCCCGAAACACGGCCAGAACACGUUACGGAAUCUGUGGACAGGACGAAAACGUCACAAAACGACGUAGUUCCGUGCGUGAGCGAACCGAAGAGAAAGAAGCCGUGGUAUGAGUUCCCUCAUUCGAGCGACAGUGACGAUUCCAGACGACAACGAAACGGCCCAGCAACCCCAGAGGAGACAAAUGCAACUGAAGUUAAGUUGGGUAGUUCAUCCGGCGGUCUGCUUGACCUGAGGUUGGAUGAGCCUGGAAAAGUGCACAGUUCCGACAAUACAUCGGCACUAGCUCCCGAGGACCUAAAGAGGACAGAAACACGACGGGAGACGGACAACAGAACGGGUGAGAUGUCGAUUUCUUCUCAUAGCCAAACCUACCAAAAGCCUCCCCCAGUACCGUUAAAGACACUCAUUCAGCGGCGUAGGGCUGCCAAGGCCGCUGGUAUAGCGGCAGAUGGUAGUAGGAGCCGGUGGGAAGAUCGUAUGGGUACAGAGGGAGGGCCCCAAGGGCAGUCAAGCGUAGGCGCAGCAUCAGCGCCUGUGGGACGGAGAGCUAUGGAGCUGGAGAGGCGGAUGUCGGAGUCUGGAAGGAUGGAAUACGAUCCGACGACCGGCACGUAUAAGGAGAAAGAUGUAAGGAAGAUGCCCUGGAAAGAGUAA